AUGAACAACAACAAGCUUGAUGAGCCAGCUCUGCUGGCUGGUUGCAAGGGUGUAUUCUCAAAGUCCAGCUACGUCACCAUCGGUACAGAAGGGAAACCCGAGGAGUAUGGGAAGAAGCUCCCGAUGCGCUCCGCGUAUGGGGGCAAGCAUCUGAGCACAGUGCCACCAAAGGAUGGCAAGACUGUGGACGUAUAUUUUGAGAAGAAGCACAACUGGAUAAGCUCGGGUGACCCGUAUGUCGACCGCAUCCGCUACAAGGACAUCCAGACAGAGAAGAAACGAGGUUUCCAAACGUCUGACUUUUCCAAGCGUGACGAGUUCACGAACACCAUUCGCACUGAGCAAUGGCGCGAGCAGCUCCAGGCGGAGAACCAACACGCAAAGAAGGCGCUCGACAUGUUUGCGGAAGCGACCGGGAUGACCUCGAUACCCACAUCCAUCCGAAGAGCUGCAGAGGCGGAGACGUUUGCGUACGAUCAAGUUUAUGAGAAGGAAGAUCCCACGUUUGACGGCGCCAGCAAGACGCAUCGCGACACGAAGAACCGCACAAUGCUCAGCCGCGAACGACAGCAAGGAGAGCUCAUGACGACUACAGGGCUGGCUUUCCAAGCACCCGACGACCACCACAAGCCGGAGCAUGGGCGAAAGCCGAUUGUACGGGAGACAUUCUACCGGAAGACGAACAUUUUCUUCCCGGAGGGUUGCGCAGCCGAUCCCUCUACGUGAUUUCCUCUGGCCUGAAGCAGCGCUAUAUGCCGCUCUUGGGGGUAUCAAGGGGGACCAUGGCAUAUUUGGACCGACCAUGGCAUCUUAUCGUGAUGCCGCGGAUCCGGAAGGAAAGUGGUAGUGGGACCACUGGACGUUCCGGUAUGUCGUGUGUGGGUACACUUGUGGGCGCAAGGGUAAAUGGUUGGAAGACACAAUUUAGGUGUUUUGCAGGUUUUGCUUUUGCCGCUUUGGGUUUCGGCUCGGGAGGUGGCAGGGGCUUGUGUUUGUGUGGGUGUGUUUGCGUGGGUGGAUGGUUGGACCUCAAGCUGACUGGAGCAUUGCAGAGGUAACCUCUUCAGCGUGGCAACCAUUACCCUUGAGCAGCAGCAACAGCAGUAGCUAUCGCUACAGCACGCGGCGGCCGCGGCUGCGGGCACGGCUGGAGAGCUACGGCUGUUGCUAUCUGUCCGCUAUCCUCUUGUUCGAUGUACUCUCCUGUGAGCGGUGGGAGGGGGAGGAGCCGUAGGGAGGACAGCAGGGUGCGCAGCAGGGUUUGUGUUUUGGUGCGGUGACCACCGCGGUACUGGACAGGACUGACUCGGACUGUGGCCACUGCCAUUUUGGCGCAUCACCAUCAUGAUGAGCAGCAGCAGAUCGCGCUUCGUGUGCCGUGUAAGCCGUACCACGUAUGUAGCUGGGGGAGGGAGAGGGAGGAAGGACGGGGAGGCCGUGCGGCCUUUGCUUUGUUGGAGAUAAGGCGAGACGAAUGACGCCUUGGCGGUCUGGCUGUGCGGUAAGGUGGUUUGACCUGGUGAAUGGUCAGGGAGGGUCUGUUUACGUGCUUUCCUCCCUAUCCCUCCAAACUCAGCCAAGAUGGCGGCGAAGACGAGCCUCGAAAGGCUACGUCAUGCUUACUGUGACCCUUUGAACCUUUCAUCUCAAGCUGACGGCAAACCGUGGAUUGCGCUGAAUGAUGCCAGGACGUAGAUUACAUAGCUGUCUCCUCCCUUUUUACUGUUCAAGCAUAUAGCAGCAUUCGGAACGCACACAUAGCGCAGGUACAUAGGAAAUGAGGGCUCUAGCUUGUGGAUGUGGACUAUUGUACGACAGUGAUGGUACGAAAGUCGGUUGGGUUGAACUGCUGCUAGGAUGGACAUCAGGAAGGUUUUUUAUCGGUCUCGACUGGGCGCCUGGGCCAAUUGUGAGCUUGUCUUGGACUGCCAGAUACGUCCGGUCGUUCAGUGUUUCUCCUGCUGGAUGGCUCUGCUGGAUGGUUCUGGAAAGGUGUGGGUGCGCGAACUCUGUCGGGGCCGUGGUUAGGGAUGUUAUGCUCUUUGACUGCCCCUCGCAACGACUGUGGUACGUCACACACGGACAUCCCCUGUGUGUUUAUGUCUGUCUUUGCGUGCAUUAUUCAUUCAUGUACUAUGGUGUACAUACGUAUAUGUGGCAGCCAGGCAAGGCAGGGACUUGUUUUUUAAACUGGUGGUCCCAUGCGGCUCCACUCCCAGUGAAGACACGGUUUCACACGCCACCUCACCCGUCAACACGUUCAUUAUCGAGGGUGCGGGCCCAGAGGGGAGGACUUCUGGGCCAGCAGUUCCAUGUACGACGCGGCUCCGAACGAAGCGAUUGGGCUUCGCAUCCACGGCAAUUUCUUGAUCCCGAAAGUGGGUGUAAUGAUGAUAAUGAUGAUCAUGUUAGUAAUGGUGGUCAUGGUGACGAUUUUGAACAUGUGCUGUUGGCAGGGUGGAGAUGUGCCUCAAAGCGCCC